AUGCCCUUUCACCUACAACAGCUUGGGUUUCACACAACCCGCUCCGACACGUCUCUGUUCGUCUAUCAUCAGGGCACUGCCACUGCGUACCUGCUGCUCUAUGUGGACGACAUUAUCCUGACGGCAUCCUCGCCUGGGCUUCUUCAGCAGCUCACGGCUCGUCUUCGCGAUGAGUUUUCCCUCAAGGAUCUUGGAGCGCCGCACUACUUCCUUGGCAUAGAGGUCGUUCGCCGUGCCGACGGGUUCUUUCUACAUCAGCAGAAGUACGCUCAUGAGCUUCUUGAGCGCGCGGGUAUGCUUAAUUGCAAAACCGCGCCGACGCCUGUUGACACCAAGGCGAAGGUUUCUGCUUUGGAGGGUUCCCCUGUACCAGAUGCGGCGUUCUACCGCUCCAUCGUUGGCGCCCUGCAGUAUCUCGCCCUCACUCGGCCUGACUUGCAGUAUGCAGUUCAGCAGGUGUGCCUCCACAUGCACUCCCCGCGUGAUUCUCAUUGGACUCUGGUGAAGCGUAUUCUUCGGUAUAUACGCGGCACUAUGACCAUGGGACUCACCUUGACGGCUUCCUCCUGCAUCGACAUGGUCGCCUACUCCGACGCUGAUUGGGCUGGCUGCCUGGACAUGUGUCGCUCUACGUCAGGCUAUUGUGUCUACCUCGGGCCCUCGCUGAUAUCGUGGUCGUCCAAGCGGCAGCCCACGGUCUCUCGCUCGAGUGCCGAGGCAGAGUAUCGGGCAGUGGCUAACGCCGUUGCUGAGUGCUCUUGGCUCCGUCAGCUUCUCCAGGAGUUGCUUUGUGUGCUCCCCAAGGCCACGAUCGUCUACUGUGGCAACGUCUCCGCCGCCAACCCCGUCCACCAUCGCCGUACGAAGCAUAUUGAGCUCGACAUUCACUUCGUUCGCGAGCAGGUGGCUCUCGGGAAGGGGCGUGGGAUCCCGGCGACGGUGGCCAGCACCACCUACAUGGGCAUGAACGCCCUCCACACCGCCGGUGGCUUCGGCUACUUGCCGGCCUACUGGUAUCUCGUGGAGGAGCUCAAGAUGGAUGUCGACUUGCCUGACACCGUGCAGCGUAAUCACCGGUGGCAACCUUCCCGCCGUCAGGGUCUGCAAUCAAUGACACAAUUCAGCAUUUGA